AGUGACACGUUGGCUCAAGACAGCGCACUUCUCAGAGGUCUUGUCCGACACCCCUCCUCACAUCAGCAUAAGGGUAGCGACAGCAUUCGGGAAACACGACCGCCGUGCUUGCAAUGGAGGAACACGCGGAACUUCGGAAGGGAUUGAGACAAACGCUAGAUUGGACGGGAGCCUUCUGGGUUGCAGCUGGCGUUCCGCCACUCGUCCUCUUCUCGUUGGGAGGCAUCGCAGGUGUGGCUGGCAGGACAGGAUUUCUCGUCUGGAGUAUUUCCAUGUUCAUGGGCUUCUCGCAGUCCUUCACCUAUGCUGAGAUGGCAGGCACGUUUAGAAGCAAGUCAGGCGGCGCAUCAGUGUACGGGGCAAUCGCCUGGCUCCGCUAUUCAAAGUUUAUCGCACCAUUGUCCGUCUGGUGCAACUGGUUUGCGUGGUCUCCAGUGCUGUCUCUUGGUUGUUCGAUCGCAGCAAAUUAUAUAUUGAAUUUGGCCUGUCCAGACGAAAAUUGCCAUGGCCUUCGCACUUGGGAAGCACUCUCUGUGGCUAUUCCGGGACUGGGUGAGCUCAACUUCAAUGUUGUCUUCGUGAUUGGCACGGCGCUGAUGUCGGUGAUGAUUUCCAUCCAACAUUUCGGCAUUGCUUUGACAGCAUAUUUACAGAAGGUACUUGCCGUCAUCGUCUUGGUGCCACUUCUUGUCGUGGCGAUCUUACCCAUCUUCACUGGUCGUAUCGUCACGGAGCACUUCGAGGAUAUCGUUCCGCCCAGCAGGGCGAACUCAGCCACAGACGGCUCUUGGGACUUACACGGGUUUUCCUUAUUCCUUGGGUCACUCUACAUGGCUGCUUGGACCACCUACGCAUUUGAGACUGCUGUAUGUUACACUAGCGAGUUGAAGGAUCCAAGGAAAGACUCUGUGAAAGCCAUUGUUUGUGCCGGCCUAGUCUGCUUCCUCUUUUUCACAAUCGUACCCUUCAGUUUCCAAGGAGUUUUGAGUCGAGAGGAGCUCUUGGCUCCAAGUAUCGCAGACGGCACGGGAAUCGCAGAGGCUUUGGCGAGGAUGGCAGGUGGAAGGUCCGCGGCCACUACGAUCUUCGAGAUUCUGAUGGUCAUUGGGCUCUUCUUGGCAAUCAUGACGGCGAUGGCUGGAUCAUCCAGGACGCUGUACCAGGGCUCGAAGGACGGUUGGCUGCCCAAGUUCCUAUCAUCUGUGAACAGCAACGGGGCUCCAGCGGGAGCUAUGUGGACUGAUUUUUCUUUUAAUUUGUUUUUGCUUGCCCUUGCCUCUGAUUCGAAUGGCUACUACAAAGUCAUGUCUAUUUCCAAUGUCGGCUACAUCCUGUUCAAUUUUCUGAAUCUGAAUGCUGGUUGGAUUCAUCGAUUCGACUCUAGAGAUCUCGAGAGGCCUUGGAAAGCUCCGACGGCGCUGAUCGGUUUCAACACAUGCCUGGCCUUUGUGAACGCUGCGAUCAUGGGUGCUGGUGCUAAGGUUUGGGGGUACCCAUACGCGCUUUGGCUUGGACUCGCGUUCGCAGCUCUGAUAAUUCCAGUGUUUGCUUACCGCCACUACUACGAGGAUGGCGGUCAGUUCCCAGCUGAAGCAACGCUGGAUAUGCGCUUGGAGGACGGUUGUCUCGGGGAGCGCAAGGCGGGUGUGCUUCCGUAUUGUUCGUUGGUUUUGGGGAUUGCGGUGAUGGUAUCGGCGAAUUUCAUAUUUGCAUUGCCAAAUUGAUUCGCCAGGCUAAACCCGGCACGCAACCUCUUGAGACGCUUGUCGCACCGCUUCCGAAGCUUCACGAGAGUCUCACCCCGCCUAAAGGAUUGCUACCGCAGGGUGAAAAGAACUUCAGCUCCAUGCCUUGUCACAGGUUGCUAUCAUUGUGCGAGACUGCUUGUUUGAAUAUGAUACGCACUGGUCGGAUGUUGAGGCAACGCAUGGAUGCACAGAGCUUGCACAGAGCCGCAAUGCACAACGCUGAGCCUUAACCAGGGACCAGAGAUCGCGCAGCUGCCAUGCCAGAAGAUGCAUGGCCAAGUUGCUGGAAUUUACAGCGGAGGGAUGGUCCCACACGAGGCCUACGAGUACAGAUGAGUGCAGUUGUACGUUUUCUGCUUCCACGCAUCCUGCUGACGUUAUGCACGCUUCCCAAUCAGGAGAAUAAGGUGAAUCCUGAAAAGACUCGCUACGACGCAAUAUGAAAACACAUACACAGAAUACUCGAUCGUUUGUUGGAGCAGUUGGCUAGCACUGAGAGUGUCAUGAGUCACGCCUGUGCCACAGCUGAAGCACGCAUACACCCGCGAGUGCGGAUGCGGAC